GUGCGGUUCGUGCAAUGAAGCGGGGAAGGUCCGAGUGACCUAAAGUGGAAACCUUAUGCGGUUCCGCAUACAAACAGUCCACAAUAAAGUCAAGAAGCCAGACAAUUGCGCCAUUCGCAUCGUAAUUCAGUUCGAAAAUGGCCUGAUAGUCCGAUGAGGGGCGUACCGUGCAGUGCAGAUGUCGGGAAAAAUGGAGAAGGCUGCUAUAUAGUUCCGGGAGAGGGUACGUCUUAUCUUGUUUUUUUUUCUUUGCAGAACCGUUUCUUUUUCUUUUAACUUGCUUAAAGAAUAAGAUUAAAUCAAGAUGCCUAGUAUCCACCCAGCGAUAGACAACGGCAUCAAAAAGGGCAACCCCAACUUCCCUGGCGGCAAACUCUACUGCCACUGCCCUUCUGACAAAGUCGAAGUCACGCUCUCGAGCAAUGUCGCACACAACCACGCAUGCGGAUGCUCGAAAUGCUGGAAGCCGCGCGGCGCUCUCUUCUCCGUCGUCGGCGUGAUCCCUAAAGAAAACGUGUCUGUUACUGCCAACGGCCACAAACUACACAUUAUCGAUGAAUCAGCAGCCAUCCAGCGCAAUGCGUGCAAGGGGUGCGGCGUCCACCUCUUCGGCCGCAUUGUAGUCGACCAUCCGUUCAAGGGCCUCGACUUUGUGCACACAGAGCUGAGCAACACGAGCGGCUGGCAGGAACCGCAGUUUGCGGCGUUUGUAAGCAGUAUCAUUGAGCAAGGCUUCAAUCCAGCGCAGAUGGAUGCUGUGAGGGAGAAGUUUAGGAGCGUGGGGUUGCAGUCGUACGAUGUGCUUAGUCCGCAGUUGAUGGACCUCAUUGCUACGUAUACGGCGCAGAAGAAUGGGAAGUUGCCGGCCAAGUUGUAGAGGAUAGGUUGGUGUUGUGAUGAAGGGCGUUUUGGGGUGUAUGUACGUACGUGGGGACUGUGUAUUUAUGUUAGUAGAGAGGGCGUCAUGGUAUAGAGCUUAGAGGUUGGCUCUUUGAGGACUAGGAUACACGAAGAUGAAGAAUUGUCGAUAACAGUGCGACAUGCGCGCUUUUAUAUAUGAUGCUACUGAGCACCGUGAUCGCGCGCUAAACUCUUCUUUUCGGGACGAAAUGCGAGUUUUGUGUAGUGC